AUGGAAUCCGGCUUGGCUGGACCUCAUCUUAGCGUCAAACGCAACCUAGAAUCGCUCGAGAACGACAAAAAGUAUCACCGCAACAACGUCGACAAGUCUUAUACCAUGCUCAUGCGUCUUGCGUACCUGGUUCUUGCAUGUUUCCUGCCACUCACGUUCUGUGACCAAUGCAUCUGGUACGGCGUGUGCCCAACUCCAGAUUCGGAGGGCACAUACUGUGCAAAGAAUGUGUCCGCCACACCUCUAAAAGAUGGACCUGACAAGACACUGCAAGCUCUGUUAGAACUUUGUCCAGACUAUGCUUCUCCUGAUAGCAGCACAGAGUCGGCACCAGUAUGCUGCGAUGCGGAUCAAGUUAAAGCAUUUUCAGUCGGUAUCCAGAGUGCGAGCGUUCUUCUUGGAAGGUAUGUAGUGCUGAUUAUCUGCUACUGUUGCUGCUCUUUGACGGUAACUGCAUUGAAGUUAAUGCAUUGA